CCUCAAGGUGCGUAAUGAAAACAUGUUUUGGUUUACUGCUGCUGAAAAAUAGAACUAAAAUAUGAAUUAAGUUGAACUCCAUCACCAUUUAUAACAAAUUUAUUACAUGGUACAUGAAAAAAACAUUACAAUGGCACUUCCUCCAGAGAAAAUUAAUGAGUUAAAGCAGAUUAUACAUUCACAGGUUUCUCAGAUGGACAUUCAAAACCAAAUCCGGAAUGUAGUAUCCAGCAUGAUCACAACUGAGAAUGGUCAACAUGGCGCUUUGAGUGAAGUUGAUGUGAUGAAUCAACUGAGACAGAGAGGUGUUGUAGAUGAAAUCAUGAGACACAUUCAAGUGGCGGGCUCACAAAAUGAAAAGCCAGCAUCCCAUUUUACUGAUGCAACAGAUCAUUUACACAAUCCUUUGGCGAAAAAAGCCAAUAUAGAUCCAACCAGAAGAUAUAUGUACCUAGUGGUCAAGGGAGGCAAGGCUUUCUUAGAGCAUUUGAAUGAUGCUGAUGUGAUGCCAGGACAGAAAGUGUCAGGCUACUUCACUCUUCAUGUUUACUUUAGGAAUCAAAGAUACAAAUCUCGCCCGGUGCCAUGUGCUGUUGAACCAGAGUUUGAUGAAGGCUUUUUGUUAGAGCUACACAAAGAAUCUUCAGGUGAGGCUGGGAAAAUGGCAGAUAUUCCAUCUAUGUUGUCUAUAAGUGAUCAAGUUCAUUUGGUUUUAAUCAAAACUGAUGCUAUUGGAGAUACAACCCUUUUAUCAUCACAUUUCAUGGAGUGGCGGCCCUUACUCUCUUCUAAGCAAAGCAUAUUAAGGACUAGCAUAGAGAUGAUGGGCACAGGUAACGAGGCUCGCGUGCCUGUUGGAAUAUUUGACAUUCAGCUAGAAUUAUUCCCGAAAUCAAAUCAAAAUAUAGAGGAAAAUGUAGUUCGAGCCCAGAUAGAAAUGGAGAGAAGUCGCCAGGCUGAUAAGGAGCGACUUUUUCUAGUGUAUGCUAAACAGUGGUGGAAGGAAUAUCUUCAGAUCAGAGAGUCCCACCAAGAGAGGCUUGUUAAGAUGUUUGCCAUGGAUGAAAAUGGCAUGAAUCGCCCAGUCUGCAGCUACAUCAGGCCUCUGAGAGCUGGGAGACUUCUGGACACACCAAGAGAAGCCGCCAGAUUUGUCUCUUUAAUGCACCAUGAAAAACUUCAGGCUUUGGGUGGUGGUGGUGGAAGAAUUGAACAGUGGACAAACACUCAUGCCUUUUUGUGCAGAAACAGAGGGGACUGUGAAGACCAUGCUAUCCUGCUAUGUAGCCUUCUUCUCGGCUUUGGACUGGAUGCUUAUAUUUGUGUUGGGACCAAGCAGAAGGGCUCAGUCCAUGCAUGGGUCAUGACCAUCAGUGCUGAAGGAAUCAUUACAUUUUGGGAAAGUCUCAACGGUCACAGAUACAUCCAUGAGCCCAUCAACCCUAACGCCCCUCCAAUGGACAAGUUAUCUCGCCCCAGUUAUCACUAUAAAACUGUUGGUUGUGUCUUCAACCACCAGUCAUUUUUUGCCAACAGCCAGCCUUCAGACUCUGUGGAAGUGUGCCACUUUGACUUGCACAAUGAAAGCCACUGGAAAGCCAUGUCAAGAGAUGCCAUCUUAGCUGUGUGUGGUCCAGGUGCGUGUCCAGCAUGGCCAAUACCACCCCCCAUCAGCCCUUCCUUACUUGAUGCCAGUCUCCUGAGUAAUGACCUGGAACAACAGCUGAGAGUUCUGGUCAUAGAACACAGAAGGGACCAAGGUCUUACCACUAACUGGGAUGACCAGCUGAGCUACAUCCUCUCACCAGCCUUGUCAGCUUAUGAAACAGAGCGAGUCACAGGCAUCACAGCUGGUAAUGAAGAAUUUCAAGAUGCAGUCAGACUUGCAGUCCCAGAUGGACAGACCUUUAAGGGUUAUCCUGUCCAGUUCACACAUCGAAAUGCUCGCAAGGCUUUCACUACUUGUCUCAGAUCUCCUGUGUGUGAUGAAAUAAUCAACUGUCGGGGCGACCAGGUGCGUCUAGCAGUGCGAGUUCGUGUUUAUCCGUACCCUGAAUCAGCAUGUGCCACCUGGAUUAUGUUUGCCUGCAAAUAUAAGUCUGUUGUUUAAUGUUUCCACACGCAGCUUUAUACAAUCUAAAGCUUAUGAUUUGAUAACAAUCAUUAAGCAUUAUAAACUUUGAAGAAAUGAAGACGUUAUUUUGAAUAUGUAUUUUCUUUGUACAGCAUGUUUUGCUGAUAUAACAGUUUGUAGCAGUCAUCUUUUAGUCGCACUGUCAAACUUAGUCUUUAGUUUUUUAGUAAAUCCAAUGUUUCAAUGAUUUUAGUGCACCUGGUGCGUGUGUACCAGAAGGUAAAAUGUUUACCUCAAUAUUAUCUGUUAACAUAUCCGUUCUGACUUAGUUGGCAUGAGGAUGUUGCCAUUAAAUAAAGUAUUGAUUUAGCUUAAGGCUUUUCUGGACUAAUUGUGAUCCUGGUACAUUUUGUUUUAAGGAAAACAUUAGUCUUCACCCAACGUAUUUAGAGAGAAUUAUUUGCAGUGGAUAACUAAAAUAUGAGGUGUUGAUUGGAGUUGAGAACAGUUGCAUUUAAAAAAAGAAAUGUGCAGUUAAGAGAGGGUAAGCUUUUCACAGUCCAGCUAUAUACUGGUAGCUAGUUCAGUACAUAUAGACAUUACAAAGGCAAAAUUUGACAGUUUUGGACAUUAUGGAACAACCAGAAAGUGGAUUACUGAGUCUAAUAGUUGAUUCAAGUGGUGUUUAUGUUACAUAUAUUGUAGAGAAUAAGUGCAGCAAGAUCUCCUCCCCCUCCCCCACUCGUUUGAGACACAAGGAUCAACACAAAUAAGCUAGGCAAUGAGAUGGUAUCCUGAAUAUACAUUAUCUAUAUGCUAGCUUUGUCUUGUGACUUAUUUGCUGUCUAGAAUCAAUAGGAAAUUCAAUAAGAAUAUAACUGCCCCACUUGAGGAUUGUACAUGCUAUGUUUGACAAAAUUCUAAACAAGUCUAUUCCAGCCACUUGUCAUGUCUGUUUGAACAAGCUGUCUUAGUCUUGUCAAGUGAAAUUGUUGGCAAUUUGAGCUAGCCGUAGAACCCAGCACUACCCGAAUGUUCUGGAUGUCAUGAGUUCAAUCCAUGGAUGCUGUGUGAUUCACCAGUCUACCAUUGCACAAGGCUAUUGAUUCUCUCCCCUGUUGGCACCCACCAAUUGAGACAGCAGCAGCUUAUUUUUGUCCUGGUUGAAUUUGUCAAUGACCAAGAUGUUGGCAGGGCGGGGCUUGUCAGCCAACACAGCCUCCUAUGAAAGGAAUUAACAUUACUUAUAAUCUAUAGCUCUGGCGUCACUGCUGCAGCUAAAUUUAGCAUUCACCUUGGCUUAUAAUUUCAGCUCAGAUUUUGUACUUAAGGCACGGCCUUACAAUCAAUAUCCACCUGAAAUUACUGUGUUUUAACUUUAAGCUUUGAACAACAGCAUCAAAUCCUUCUCAAGCACUGUACACUUAACCAAAACUUUUUUUAUUGUACAAAAACUAGUGAAAGAGAUUGUUCCAGUAUUCCUUUAGUUUGGCAGACUGUUUACUUUAUGUUAGUAGUGAAAGUUUGUGACAUGCUGAUGGUAGAGGCUGUUUUAUACAAGCUGGUGGUAGAGGAUGUUUGAUACAUGCUGGUGGUAGAGGAUGUUUGAUACAUGCUGGUGGUAGAGGCUGUUUGAUGUGAAAGUUUGGUACAUGCUGGUGGUAGAGGCUGUUUGAUACAUGCUGGUGGUAGAGGCUGUUUGAUGUGAAAGUUUGGUACAUGCUGGUGGUAGAGGCUGUUUGAUACAUGCUGGUGUUAGAGGCUGUUUUAUGUGAAAGUUUGGUACAUGCUGGUGGUAGAGGCUAUUUGAUACAUGCUGGUGGUAGAGGAUGUUUGAUGUGAAAGUUUGGUACAUGCUGGUGGUAGAGGAUGUUUGAUACAUGCUGGUGGUAGAGGAUGUUUGAUGUGAAAGUUUGGUACAUGCUGGUGGUAGAGGCUGUUUGAUACAUGCUGGCGGUAGAGACUGUUUGAUACAUGCUGGUGGUAGAGGCUGUUUGAUACAUGCUGGUGGUAGAGGAUGUUUGAUACAUGCUGGUGGUAGAGGAUGUUUGAUGUGAAAGUUUGAUACAUGCUGGUGGUAGAGGAUGUUUGAUACAUGUUGGUGGUAGAGGAUGUUUGAUACAUGCUGGUGGUAGAGGCUGUUUGAUGUGAAAGUUUGAUACAGGCUGGUGGUAGAGGAUGUUUGAUGUGAAAGUUUGAUACAGGCUGGUGGUAGAGGCUGUUUGAUGUGAAAGUUUGAUACAGGCUGGUGGUAGAGGAUGUUUGAUGUGAAAGUUUGAUACAGGCUGGUGGUAGAGGAUGUUUGAUGUGAAAGUUUGAUACAGGCUGGUGGUAGAGGCUGUUUGAUGUGAAAGUUUGAUACAGGCUGGUGGUAGAGGAUGUUUGAUGUGAAAGUUUGAUACAUGCUGUCGUAGCUUGACUUGAUGUGUUUCUCCACGCCAUCUGAAGAAAGAUCAAUGCAUGAAUCAAUGACUGUUUAUUACACCAGAACAAAGAUUGCACACGCAGGAACAUAGUUUAUCCAUGGAACAAAGAGGCAGUUUAUCCCAAUCAAUAUUCACUUUAAUUAGCUGCCUCACUGCCUUGUCUUGUACAGUCUUGUUUGGGUUUUUAAAAAAAAUCUAAAUAGAUGGGGUCAUAGUGCCAAUUCAGGCAUUCAACCAAAAACAUAUUGCUUGAUUAUUUUCUUUUUGGUUGAGUUUUCUUUCCAUAACAUUUUAUUAUACAUUUGGCUAUACUUCAAUGUAUUUGUUGGUGGUCUGUUGGCUGUAAUGUAUUUGUUGGUGGUCUGUUGGCUGUAAUGUAUUUGUUGGUGGUCUGUUGGCUGUAAUGUAUUUGUUGGUGGUCUGUUGGCUGUAAUGUAUUUGUUGGUGGUCUGUUGGCUGUAAUGUAUUUGUUGGUGGUCUGUUGGCUGUAAUGUAUUUGUUGGUGGUCUGUUGGCUGUAAUGUAUUUGUUGGUGGUCUGUUGGCUGGUACAUGCCUUGUAUAGAUGGUUGAGAUGAAUACUGACCACUAACUGUUGGUCAGCGGAUACAUGGUUGAGAUGAAUACAUUACAAAAUUUAAAAACAAAUUAGAUUUAUGAUUUGUUUUAGGUACCUGGUUGGUCUGUGUUUAUUAAUUUGUUAUUUACUUGUUACUCAGUUACUGUAAAAGAAAAGAUUAAAUAAUACCCUAUUUUUGUCAUUUACUGAUUGAGCUAACUAACAGCACCAAUGUUUUGCCAUAACAGGACCAAUGUUUUGCCAUAACAGGACCAAUGUUUUGCCAUAACAGGACCAAUGUUUUGCCAUAACAGCACCAAUGUUUUGCCAUAUUUGACUGAGUACAAAUGAGAGAACAAUCUGUGAUACAUGUAAAUCUGUGUGACCUUGUAUCACCAGAGAACCAUUAAAGAAUUCUAAUAGUAAAAACUCCACCCACUAGUAAAAACUCCACCCACUAGUAAAAACUCCACCCACAAGUAAAACCUCCACCCACUAGUAGACUUGAGCAAACAUGAUCCCCCUGUAAUAGUAAGUCACCUGUGUUUUUACAGGCUUUUAAGUCACAUCAGCUGCUUUUGGUCAAAUUUUGGAAGGUUAUCUUGACCCAAUUUUACUGGGGUAUUUCUAUUCAAAUGUGAUUAAAUACAUAUCUUGUGACACUACAAGAAUAUCUCAUCUUCAAUCAAUAGGAUAUUCAACUAGCCAUAAAAAUGCAGUUUAAGAUAACAGUAUUUUAUAGGAACUGAAUGAAUCCGUAAACCUGGUGAGCUGGUGUUAACAUUAAAUAUUGUUUAGAGUUACAAAAUGUAAAACUGAGACUGUCAUUGAUAAACAGAAUCCAGGUUCAAAAACAAGUUUGACAGCUGCAAUAUUUUUGUUUUGUAAGGUCCUUGAUGUUUUUUAUACGCUUUAGUUUUUACCUAUAGGUGGGUUUCAUUCAAAUAAAGUAUUAAAAUGUAUUCUUUGAUUAGAUGUCAAAGGUUGCAAGAUUUUCUACAUAAAAAAUGGAUGAUGUUUGACAAUUUAUUGUUUGCUUAAUUCUCUUCAAAUCAGACAGUUUUAGGUCAUUUUAUAAAACAUCUAAAGAAUCAAUUAGUUAGCUCUUAAAUUGGGUGUAUUUUCUUUUCAUUGAACAUAAAUUGUAUUAACUCAUUGGAAUGUGAAUUGACUUGCGCGUCACCUCUUACUCAGUCACUUCUAUUCAUGUGUUUAUUUGACUUGUACAUAAAUAAAGUAACUUUUUAAAUUUA